AAAAAAUUGAUUUAAUUCAAAAUUGUGUUCAAUUCAUUAAUUUUUAAAAAUCAGUGGGAAAGCAAAUUUAAGCAUUUAAUCUUAAAUUAUCCUAUAAAAUAUUAAUUUAUUGUGAGUAGAAUUUUAAAUUCAAUUCAAACGUCAACUUUUAAUUUAAAAAGAAUAAAUAAAACGAAAAAAAAAUUUAAAUUUGAAUAAAAAAGGGUUUAAACUUGAAAACAAAAAUAAAAAACAACUUUAAGGAAAAAUUUAAAAAUUACAAAAAGUUUAAAUUAGUUUUUAACAAAAUGGCUUCAAAAUUUUAAUUAAAAUUCAGUGAAAUAUUGAAAAUGUUCAAUAAUUAGGUAGGAAUUUUAAAAAUUAAGUGAAAACAAGACAAAAAAUAAGCUUAAACGUUCAAUUUUGUCUUCAAAAACUUGAGAUAAACCCGCAAAAAAUGAACAAAAUCUGAACUUAAACUCAACAAAAAAAUUCCAUCAAAAAAAUUGACAGAAAAAAACUUCAAAAAACCCCCCAAAAAAUGGAUAAAAGAUCCCAAAAAAGUCACAAAUGCAAGAAAUUUUCACCGACAAAUGCAAAUGAUCAUCGAAAGUCAACAAAAGUGAAAAAUCGAGGACACCUGGGAAUGGCUGCAAGCUGCUAUCGUCACAUGUCAUUCAAAAUGGCCUUACUCUUCAUUCUUAUUGAGCUUUUGCUCAUCAUUAACUUAUCACACGGUGCCAAAUCAUUUUAUCUACAUUGGAAUACCACAAAUCCUAUAUUUCGAAUAGACAACAACGAUCAUGUGAUUGACGUAAAUCGUGGUAAUUUAAAAUUCGAAUACGAUUUAGUGCACAUAAUAUGUCCAUAUUAUGAGGCUGGUACGAAUGAGAAUGAGACGGAGCGAUACAUCAUUUACAAUGUGUCGAAAGUUGAGUAUGAGACGUGUCGUAUAACGAAUCCAAAUCCACGCAUUAUAGCUAUUUGUGAUAAACCAUUUACAUUAACACUUGUGACGAUCUCAUUCCGACCAUUUACACCGCAGCCCGGUGGAUUAGAGUUUAAGCCCGGAAAUGAUUAUUAUUUUAUAUCAACAUCAUCAAAAGACGACAUUCAUAGACGCAUAGGCGGUCGCUGUACAACAAAUAAUACCAAAGUGAUAUUCAAAGUUUUUGGUGGUGAGGAGACUCAAAGGACGACAGUGGCACCAUCAGUAAAUGAGAAACCGCCACCAUUUAAUGACUGGAAGCAUCACGAGGACUCCAGUGAUAGUACAAAUAGUGAGAAUGACGAGUCAAAUAAAAUAAAUUACAACCAUGACUUUGGUCACGGAUUUCAUGCAACGCAACGUCCAUUUUUCGUCAAUAGUAAUAAUAAUGUUAACAAUAAUGAUAAUUUUAAUAAUAUUAGUGGAAGUAAGCCACCGAAAAAGACUAACGAACACGAUACCCGUCAAAAUGAAGUAGUUAAGAACGAAGAGCUGACAUACAAUAAUGCCACAUCGAGAUCAAAUUACGCCCUAAGUGCCGCCCUUAGUUGUCUCAUCAUCAUACUCAUGCGAAAUGGACGAAGCACGUGAAAUUCUAUAUAGUUAUUUACAGUAUAGCAUUAUAUGACAUAUAUUAUAUUAAAUAUAUUUAAAAAAAAUUGUGAAGCGAAAGGAAAAAAAGUUCUUUAAGAAUGAAAUUUUAGGAAUUUUCUUUAUGUUUGUGUGAGGAAAAAAAUGUUUUUAUUUAUUUUUGUUUUUUUCUGAUUUUUUGAAAAAGAAGUAAAAAUUCUUUUUUUGUUGAAAAGUUUUUGUAAAAAAAAUGUGAAUGAAUGAGUGGAGGUUGAUGACCCUUCGACGGUCGAUACUUUCAUGCUUACAAUUGAGACUUUUUUUAAAUUAUUUAUUUAGAUAAAUUCAAAAUUAAUUUGUAAAUUUAUUAAUGUGCAUUCCAUAACUCAAUGUGGAAGUUGAAAACUCACUGACAAUUUCCAUUUGAUUGUACCGCGUGGAAGUUUAUGACCAACAAAAAAAAUUUAUCAUUAUUUAAAAACGCUUUUUAGUUCAAUAAUUAAUUAAGUUGUGCUUAAUAACCGAUAAUUUUUGCAACAAUAGUCUCUUUAAUUUAAGAAAAUAAAUCAGAAUUUCACUGCGUGGAAGUUCAACAAUUACAUUCUUCUCAUAAAAACAAUAGAUUAAUUAUAAUUAAUUAAUUAACAUUUAAGACAAUCCAAUUAUUUUAAAACCUACAAAUCCGAAUUAGAAGCCAUUUAAAUAAUUUCAAAGACUAUCCGACAUCAAAAUAAAAUUUACUUGUGUGAAGUUAGCAAUAAUUUACAGAUUUUUUUACAUGCACAUCAUUUUACAAUAGGCGAGAAUAAUCAAAAAACUGAAUUUAUUUGACUAUUUUUCAUACUCUCAGUUAUUCAAUAAUCAAUUUGUUUCAAUUUUUAAUUGGGAUUUUGCUUUGAAAAUUGAAGUUUUUAACUUUUAAAAUUUAAAAAUUUCAAAUCUUACUUAAAAUUUUAGUUGCAAAUUCUUCAAUUUCCAAUACAAAAAUCCAAUUUAAAAAAAAAAACAAAAAAAAAUAAUUUAAAAUUUUACAAUAGCAUUAAAAAAGAAAAUUAAACAAAAUGAAAAUCAUAAUCAAUUAUAAAGAAAAAAAAAUCAACAAUAGUAAAUAAGUCAAUUCACAAUAUUUUUUUCAUUUUAAUUCACAAUUUUCAAUUCUAAUUUAAAACACAAAACAAUUAUUCUCUUUUAAUUUUAAAAUAACAAUAAAACAAAUUUUCAACAAUAGUUUGCAAUAGAAUUAAAAAAACAUUUAAAGUCAAUAGAAUUUUACAGUUAAGAACGAAUUUUAAUCAUUUAUCAGCUUUCAUGUCCACAAAAUGGAAAAAAAAGAUCAAAGAAUUUUUAAUUUGCAAUAGAAAAUGGAAAAUUUUAAUUUUUAAUCAAAACUUUUGCAGUAAAUGUUCAAUAGAACUAAAAACGAGAAGCCGAACCUGAAUGUUUAUAAAUGUCAAAAUGAUGUGUAGAAAAUGGAAAAAUAAUUCCCUCCAAAUAUGAAAUGAACCCCAAUCGACAGACUCACAAACACAUGUAUUCAAAUAGUUCAAUAGAAAGGCACCCAACAAUGUACACACACACACACACACACACAGACACAUAAAUUGCACAUGAAACCAUUUAAAAUGCAUAGAAUGGACGCUUUGAGGACAAUGUUGUGAAAAUUUUAUUCCACAUUUGAAAUUUUGUGGCCAAAAAUGAAGCUUUAGAAAUAAAUUUUGCAAUUUUUGAUUUUAUUUGAUGAAUUAAAUUAUUCAAAAGUUGAUCAAAGAGGACAGAUUUUUUGUGCAAAUUUUGUUUGGCUCCAUAAAAGGUUUUAAUAAACAAUCAGCAGUGGUUUAUCAAUUGGCAGUCGAUCUCUUUUUUUAUUGUAAAAUUUUAUAUAAUUGCAAUUUUAAUUCUUAAAUUUUACCGAGCUUUGCAUAGGGUUACCAUCUAAUUUUUAUGAAAAUACAGGACUUUUGGUAAAUUUUUUCGAAAAAUACAGGACAUAGAGUAAAAUUCGAAAAUUAACGGAAAUUUUCGUGAAAAAAAUACAGGACCUGGAACAAAGUUUUCAAAUUUAUACAGGACAGGGUUUUGAAAUACAGGACUGUCCGUUGUAAAACUACGCAGAUGGUCACCCUAGCUUUGCAUCAAUUGCAAUGUUGCGGUUGAUUUGGAUCAAAACCUCCGAAGUAUGACAUUCGUUAAGAUCUUAAAAUCAUUAGUUGAACAUUACAAAAGGUUUGGGAUAUUUAAAUUUAAGUCAUAAGAACAACCAGCAGCCAUAGACGGAUUCUUAUAUCUCUGCACAGUUUUAACAUCAACAUAACGACUGUUAAGCAGAGCUCGAAAUCGAUGAUAUUUUGGAUGGAUUCAAGUCAACUCCGAGUCGACUCCACCAUACAAAACCGAUGAAAAUCUUGAGUCAACUUCGAGCUCUGCUGAUCAGACAUCCCUCUGACAUACAAGAAAGAUCUCUGGUUUUUAUAAAAAAGCAAUCACACAGUUUUAGUGUGGUUUUUAAGACCACUUACUUUUAACCAUGACUGUAAAUGUGUUUUAAUAUGUGUCUGAAGUAGCAAGCAAUGAUGCUUAAUUAUUAAGAACUAUGAAUUGAAUUACAAGAGUUAAGCAAGACAAAAGAAGAAACUUAAGAAAAGAUUUGGAUAAGAAAACUAAGUCUUAAUCGGAACAUGGGACUUUGAACAAUUAAGCGAGAUCAUUCAGUCAAAAAAUGCGCAGUUGAUUAAAGUGCAGAUUUCUUCUACACACCUUAGAAACUAGACCCUUUAGCUCUGAUAUUGCCUCAAAGGAUCCAACUUCUAUGCAACAUAAAAAACACAAAACAAUCCAUUAACAUAAACUUCAAUAACAAUAGUAAUUAAAUGUACAAUUUUUUAUGAUUAAAUGAGAACAAAUAAUAUUUAAAAAAACACGAAAUAAACUAAAUAUGAAAUGUUGGCCUACAAUUUUUAAUAAAUUCAAAUUGAUUUCAAUCCAGAAAUUUUAAUUCAAUAUUGCAAAAAUAAUUAUUUUUAUUUUAAUGAAAUUAAACUCAAAAAUAUUGUUUUUAUCAAAAGUUUUAUUUAAAAAUUUUAGUCAAUUACAAAAACUAUUCAAAAAACGACAAAGAUUUUAGUUUUCAAAUUUCUGAAUCCUUCAAUUUCAAUUUUUUGACAAACAUUUAAUUUGAAUUUCAAUAAAUUAUUCAAUUUGAUAAUUUAUAAAAAAAUGUUAAAUUUAUAAAAUUUUGAAAAAAGUAAAAUUUGAUUAAAACACAUUUAGUCAGUCAGAGAAUUUAUAAUAAAAACUUUGGUCGAAUGAAACUGAAAAGUAAAAAUAUAAUAUUUAUGUGAAAUUUAGAAAAAAAAACAUUUCAAAUUUCAAACAUGGCCUGGAAAAUUAUUUGAAAAAAAUUGAAAUUUGAAAAGAUAGUAAAAAUACGUAAAAAAAUUCAAAUUUUCUAGAAAUUAAAAUGAAAUCGUGAUGUUUUAGGAAAUUUAAGAAAUUAAUAAAAAAAUGUGUAAAAAAGUUUAAGACGCGAUCCUUCGAGAUAUAAAAAUGAAGAAAAUAUUUGUAAAUGAAAAUUUUUAUUGAAAAAAAAAGAUUUUUUGAUGAUACGAUAAAAAGAUGAUAAUAAAUGGAAAUGCUAUGUAAGAAAAAAAUAAGAAAAUAUGUCUAUUGACAAUUGAGAAAAUUUAUUAUUAAAUAAAUAUGAGAAAUGGAGAUAAAAAUGUGUGUGAGAUAAAAAAACAGUGAAAUGAUAGAUGAAAGUCAAUAAAAAAAAUUAUGGAA